GAAGACUGGAAACACAAAGAAGAGGAAACACGGAUUAAUAUCUGCAGACAUGAUGGAGCUCUACCUGGAUCUGCUCUCACAGCCAUGCCGGUCUGUCUACAUGUUCGCCAAAGCAGCCGGGAUCCCCUUUGAGUUCAAGCUGGUCAGCCUGACUGCAGGGCAGCAACACAGCGAGGAGUUUGGGAAAGUUUCCAUGAUGAAGAAGGUUCCUGCCUUGAAGGACGGGAGCUUCGUUCUGACAGAGAGCGUCGCCAUCCUGAAGUACCUGGCGGAGAAACACGCGUCUACGGUUGCAGAUCACUGGUAUCCAGCUGACCUGCAGCAGCGAGCUCGUGUUAAUGAGUACCUGGCCUGGCAGCACACCACCAUCAGAGCGCAAGGGUCCAAAGUCUUCCUGCUCAGGACUAUGUAUGGUGUCGUAAUGGGCUGCGACGUCCCGAAGGAGAAGAUGGACGCUGCCGUCGAGGACCUGAAUCAGUCGCUCACGUUGCUGGAGGAGAAAUUCAUCGGGACCAAAGCGUUCAUCGCCAGCGACAAAAUCUCUGUGGCUGAUGUGGUGGCUAUAGUGGAGAUCAUGCAGCCUGUUGGAACCGGCCUGAACCUGUUUGAGACUCGGCCGAAGCUGAACGCCUGGGCGGAGCGAGUGAAGAAGCAGCUCGGCGUGAAGCUGUUCGAUGAAGCUCACGAAGGCAUCAUGAAGGCCAAGAGUCUGUCGCAGGCGGUCGACGCCGCCACGCUGGAGAUGAUGAAACCAUACUUUAAGAAGAUGUUCGGCUGAGGAUGUUCUUUCCUCUCUCCUUACCUCCUUCCUCUUUUCCUCCUUCCUGCUUUCCUUGCUUCCUUCCUUCCUUCCAUCUGUCCUUCCUUCUUUCCUUCCUUCCAUCUGUCCUUCCUGCCUUCCUUCCUUCCUUCGUUCUUUCCUUCCUUCCAUCUGUCCUUCCUGCCUUCCUUCCUUCCUUCGUUCUUUCCUUCCUUCCUUCCUUCCUUCCUUCCUUCUGUCCUUCUUUCUGUCCUUCUUUCCUUCCUUCCUUCCUUCCUUUCUUCCUUUCUUCCUUCCAUCCAUCUGUCCUUUCUUCCUUCCAUCCUUGCUGUCUUCCAUUCCUUCCUUCUUUCCUGCCUUCCUUCCUUCCUUCAUUCAUUCCUUCCUUCCUUCCACCCUUUCUUCCUUCCAUCCAUCUGUCCUUCCUUCCUCCCUCCUUCCCUCCCUCUCUCCCUCCUUCCUUCCUUCCUCCAUUCCUUCCUUCCUUCCUUCCUUCCUCCCUCCUUCCCUCCCUCUCUCCUUCCUUCCUUCCUUCCUCAUCCUCGCCAAAAAACAACCCCAGAAUGUGUUGUCAUUAGCUGUGAGAUGCUUUUUGAUGAGCGGAGGUGCUGUGCAGGUUUGUCAUCAUGUGUCAGUUUUCAGGUAAUAAAAUGUCUUCGCAGCUGACGACAAGGAGAAAUUAAACAUGAUGUGAUUUUCAAAAUAAAACAUUUUCAUUCAAUAAAUUCUGAACAAAAUCUCGAAAUGUACUAAAACUGAAAC